CACAGCACUGACUCGCUCUCUGAUCAGCCAAAGUCAUCUCUUGUCUUCUUGUUAAAACACAGAAGGUUCGGUAAAAUGUUCUGGAGGGUUCUCUUCGUGGCAUUAGUUCUUACAGUUUUGGGAAGAGCGACAGCUCAAGAAAACGAUGACUGUGCCAAACUUGAGACUUGUGAGACAUGCAAUAAUAACACAGCUUGCAGCUGGAUGAACUGCCUAUCAGGAUCAGUUGAGAAACCCUCCUGUUUCAACAUAACUGAGACCUCAGCAAACUGCACCAAUGCUACCUGUACAGAUCCAACACAACUUCCACCCACCGUGACCCCUGCAGCCAACAGCACCGCCAACUCCACCGCCAACUCCACUACUGUCCUACCUACUGGAGCCUCCGUAAAGCCAACGAGCGUGGCCCCUGUGACCUCAGCUCAUGCCAGCACGGCCAAGACGACGACAAACGGAACCGUUCCAACUCCGACACCCUCCGGCUCCACGAAAACGUCCACGUUCGACGCGGCCAGCUUCAUCGGAGGCAUCGUGCUGGUACUUGGCCUGCAAGCCGUCAUCUUCUUCCUCUACAAAUUCUGCAAGUCAAAGGACCGCAACUACCACACCCUGUAACGCUGUCCGCCGCUACGAGGAACCACACUGCAUGACACCACACACACUUACACACACACACGCACACACACACACUCACACACAGAUAGAUAGAGGCUAAGCGAUGGUCCACAGUGUUCUUGUGAUUCAAAACGAAUGACAUCUCAGCUUGCUCUUUACCUGAGGUUGGGAUUUGCCAUUUGGCUUCCUGUGAAGUUAAAGUGGACAUACACACACUCUCUCUGAUGCACAACACACACACACACACACAUGCACAUGCACGCGAACACACUGCAACAUAUACACGUUUUACUGGUGUGAAGUCAUUAAAAAAAAGAAAAAAGAAAAAAAAAAAAAAUAGGCAAAAAAUGACUGUAUUGCUGUGGCCACUCACGCACAGACAAAAACCCACUGGUCAAACUGAAAACAAAAAAAAAACAAACAAAAAAGCCCAAAACAAAACCCCCUAGAGCAGUGGCAUCAGUGCUUACAAACUUGAAUUUUCUGAUUUCAUUCGAUUACAUCAUCCUCCACCACCAGCACUCCCUCCUCUUCCUCCACCCCUCCCCUCUCGAUCACACGUACCAUUCAUCAUUUUCAGCACCCCCCCCCCCCCCCCCCC